AUGAAGACGUCGAAAACUCUAUUUUGUCUGAUGCUUUUCACCCUGGUUGUCUUGAAUGAGGGCAGACCAGCUCGAAAUAACAGUCGACACGGACAGCAAGUUCACGUAAGUUGCUUUCACUUAUUUGUCAAUUUAUUUUAUGAUUAUAAUAACGACUUAAAUUUUCUUAGUUUGACGUAUUUCCUUCACUAAAAACAUAUAAACACACUGUCAUAAUAACAUUACAAUUCCCUUUUGCUUUUCUUUUUCGCAAAAUAUCUGCACGAAAGUUGCUCGUUGCUUGCUGACUGCCUGUUAAGUUUCUAUAUGCUUGCCCGCGGCUCACAUUCUCGUUUAACUGUUGCUCGCACGGUGUAUUAAUUUUGGAAACCCACGCUCUACGUAGAGAGCUUAUUGUUGCUUCACAAAAGCGGACUACUCUACUCUGUUUCUGUCUCGUUUAUCUUCUGAAAUACACUCAAUAAAAUACAACUGCUUAUUUAUACUUCCUCAAAAGCUGAUGGAAAAAAAUUGUUGAAGUGGCCAUUCUUCUGCAUGAAAGGUCAACAUGAAUAAAAUUAAGAAGUUUAUUGGUUUUAUACUUCUGUGCCCAGGAAAGACUUCAAAGCGUUUUGAAAUACCCUUUCGGUCGUUUUUACCAGAAACUGGCCAAUUUUGUCUUGAUUUCCCUAUAACAGCACUUAAGAAGCAAAGUCACGUUUUUUUAACUCUGACCUUAGUCUUUUGAAGUCAUGGCUCAGCGGGUAUACCCAGCUUUUGUCAAUUUCAAAUGAGCGUUUGAAGGGAAUCAGGAACUUUUGCCGAGUUCUGUGUGUUGAUCAUACCAACAGUAUGACUAAUUCUUCCACGAUAUUGCCUAGCUAAAUGCUACUUUACACUGACCUUCAGUAGAGAGAAAAUAAGAAAAGACACUUUUUUUCUUCCAUCAAAGAACACUUAUUCAUGCGUCACAUUUUUAUACAGCUUUCCAAAACUCAGUAAAAGAGUCGUUUUAGUGUUUCAGCUUCAGUCAGUCUUACUGGUUAUUAGGGUCUAGUUUAGGUGCCCUUUAGAAUAGAGUUGGAACUUCCGUGUCUGCCGAGGAAAUCCGAAAUUCUGCGCAAGUGCCAAAUCAUAUAAUCAACUUGAGCAUUAAUACUACUUGUGCUACCGGAGGUUUUAAGGAGAGAGGUCACGUUUUUUAAAUCGUUUUUUUGAGAAACAGAACAGGUUUUUCAAGUUCCAAUCUUUCUUCGGCCAGCCUACGUUCACGGUAGCUUAACAUUUUUUAAGAAGGGGGUUUUGAUUUUCUAGCCUACCGCCAGAUAAAAAAAGAAUAGAACAUAAAUAUCUGGUGAGGGAUGGUAAUUGGACAAAAAAUGAUUCUCCACUAUGUUGCUUGUCAUUUGUACUUGUAAAAAGGUGCUCCUUGUAUGGGAAGGUAGUACAAUGCAAACCUGUGGUUAAAUUAAUGCUGGUGGACAGGUCACCCGUAUGUCUAAGCCGUGGAUUGACGGCGUAAAAUAUUAAACAAGAGAAGGAAUAUAUACUUUUUCAAAUUUUCAAACGUUGGCAAAUGCGGUUUAAAAUCAGAGCGAGGAGCAGCCGAGACACGAGAUUCAAAAGAACUCGACUAAAGUUUCUGUGUAUAGCAGAUGAGACAGAAAAUUUCUCGAGUGUUUAAUGGGCCUUCCGCCUGUGACGUAAUAUUAUUCGACAAUUCUGUGAUUAUUAAGAUUGCACUUGCAGUUCGGACUUCCUCUCUUUUUUCCUCAUGAACAUGUAUUCAUUACAACGCACCACUCACAAACGGGGACAUUGAAAUGAAAUCUUCGAAACAAAGUUCUCCGUAGUUCCACUUUCUCAAGUCUAUUUUAAACUGAACAAGGUGGUACGUCUAAUUUAUGAUUCUGUGCACGUCGAGAUCCUACAGUGGUAAAUUGUUAACUGAAGAGGGAUCAUUUCUUUCCAGUGGUACAAGUGCGCAUUAAAGACAUUUCAGCUGGCUUUCAGUUUUGGAUCUAUCGAUAUUAGACCUCCACCCUUAUUGUGGCAUUACAAUGGCGGGCAUAAGUCAUGCACACAAUAUUUUGAGGAACACUUCACUGUAGUGUAGUUAAUAUGCUCAAUUUUUUUGUUUUUUUGUUAUCGAACUUCUUUUUAUAGCGGAAUUGUCGUGCUUUCGAGAGAGGACGAUUUUAAUUAAGGGGAAAGGAUUACGUGUCCGAGGUGAUCAAUGACAGAUUCUGUUAGCGCGGAGCUCUUAACAUACCACCUGCUUCAGCAUUAAACAAAGAGACUUUCUAACCAGUUUCUGUCCAGCGUUUGAAAAAAGGUCAUAUAGGUUUAUAAGACGACGGGAUGCCUAGAAAAAGCUCUGGACAUUUUUCAACACAAUUGCCUGCAGAGGAGCUAAAAAACUUUCAUUUGCAAGUGGGAAUAGUUAUGGCUGAAUUGCAUUUCCUGUUUGGAAGUAAUAUUAAUGAUGCUCAAUUAUCAGUGUAAUGUGAAAGCAAAUGCGAAUUACAGGUAUUAAUCUGGGACUGCGUUUGCGUGCUUGAAAGUGCCUAAGAUGUGGUCCAUCGAUCGCUGGCCACAGUUUAGACUGUGAUGGAGUAGUGGUUCUCUGUGAGCAGCUCGCCCGUUAACAAGAAAGAAAAAUAUUAUUAUUAGGCCAGCUGCUAAACAUUCCCUCUUGCCGCAAAAUCAUUUGCGUGGCUUUUCCCUGUAAACAGAAGAAGAGAACACCGACAGUGUCCUUCAGCUUAGCUUUUUUUCACCUUGGGUCGAAUGAAUAUCGUACCUUGUCAAUACUCAAAUAACUUGGCACAACCUAACCUUCUUGCUCUUUUCAUCGCGUGUUUCGGUAUUAAAACCAUUAUAACCCCCCAAGAGCGUCGUGAAGUACCAUGCAGAUAUUUGAGAGAAGGUACUUUGGUAUUUUUGCAUCCGGUGAAUGAAUAGCAUAAGGGCUUCAGCCCACACAGGCGUAAGCUAUACUAAGAUUCAUUGUUCAAAAGACGUGUCACUUAAGCAGUUAUAUUACAUAUGUAUAAUGGUUGUAUUCUUAGCUGUCACUAAAACUGGUUUAAGUAACAGUCUACUAAUAUUAUGCCCUUUAUGUGGCUUAAACUUAGGCCUUUCGCUCUCUCCUCUGCAGAGGCUACCGCUGGGUACCCCACAAGAAUAGCAUAGCCUCCCCCAUACGACACAAAGUGGCCUCUUCUGAGGAGAGAGGGCCUUUCGUUAGCCUUUAAACUGGGCGUUGGCAUUGUCGAGAAUUAGGGAAGAUGAUCCCUUCCAAUUAACCUAUUUACAGUGGGACUAAAACGCAAAUUAUAAACUUUCUUUAUAUUAAGAAGUGACUUCCGAUAUGCAUUUCAUCCCUUCUAACGGAUGUUUACAGAUGUACACCGAUGUUUAUGUGGGGCCAAGUAAAGUCGUUAGAUGAAAAAAUAAAUAUUAUUGCAGAGGCGUACUGAAAAAAAAAUAAUUAAAUGAAGUAAUAUAUCAAGAUUUUUAGUGUCUCGAUAGAAAAUAUAGUGGAGGAAGAUCUAUUGUCAAAGUUGCUCCUUUAUUUUUUAAUUUACAGUGCGCCAGAGUCAAGGGUCGGCGCUGUAUGGAGGACGAUGAAUGUGCUUGCGUGAACCGCCAUAAUAGAACGCUGAUCUGUAACUGGCAGAAAAGAUGCGAGAGAUCAGGGUUUAUUGAUGAUAUCAUGAGAAGUCAACCGGUGCGUGUUUAAAUAUGUCUGUUUUGUGCUUACCGAUAUUAACUUGUAUUCCUUUUGGUGGGCGCGUCGCAUGGGUCUGAGUGUCCCCUUCGCGCCUUUCCCUUAUAUUUCAUUGUGUAUUUAUCGCUGUUGAUAAAGUGUGUAUUGCCCAAUAAAGUAAGUUAAACUAAACUUAACUAUUUUGAUCAACAAAGAGUGGUUCUCAGUGGCUGGCGCACUGGAUCGUCUAUGAUUCUGAUCCUAUAGGGUGCUCGGCCGGUACACCCAGUGUAUAAGAAGGAGUUGAAAGAAAUUUAAAGCCGCCCGGCGUUCUCCUAAGCUACCUACAGUUUCGAUCCCCUCGUCUGGGUAUUUUAUAUCCAUAUGAUGCCUAAUGAAGAAAGAGCCUGUACUUUCCGAUGGGGGUGGAUUAUGUUAGGGGGAAUUAGAAAUGGUCUAUAUUUGCUUUAUGCUAGAGGCUGCAUACAGAAGGGAACUCAUAUUUACGUAACUGUGCUCACAUUGUGGGUGGCUUCUCCUAAAAUGUUCCACAAGUGGUACCGGAUUUAAUGGUUCCGAAAUCAAUUGUGGAAUUGCACUCAUUUUAGGCAUCCUACUGAUGAACAGUUACGACUUUUAGAUAUUUCGAGCAACAACAAUUUGCCGUCUGUCCUCUUUGAAGUGGUAGUAUCAUGCAUGAAAUCAAAGAACCGUACAAGAAUUUAAAAUUACAGUUUGAUAUCAAGGAAGUGAUGUGAGCCAUUGCCACAGUGCUUAGCAGCUGGUGAGAACAUCAAUUAAGGUAACACUAUGAAUUGCCUUGCCUUUAUCUAACCCACAGUCCUCUUUUUCUCAGUGCCCCCGGGUGUUCAAGAGAACCUGUGAAGUACAUGACGAUUGUCCAUGCAGCGAACAACCUUUAAUCUGUGAAGAUCGUGAAUGUGUAAAGGCAAAAAAGGUAAGCCAAGGUGAGGGUGUGGUGGAGUGACGCCGCAAAAGCAAAUUAUUGAAUAACACCACGGCCCGUUUAUGAAUCUCUCGUAGCUUGGAUGUGUUUUUUCCCAACCUCGCCCGGAGCUAAUUAAAUUUUUCUUUUCGGGGGCGGGGUAGUUUUUCUUCCUCUUUUCCUUUUUUUUAAAUGCGGUCAUAUUGAACUUAAAAAAAGUUAGGGCUAGUAGAUAUGGACACACAUUUUACACAACUGAUUGUAUUUAAUGAAAGGCUGGUUAACAUUUCUUUUAGUGCUUUAUAGUUGAGGGCCGGCCCUGUAGCAAAGACUCAGAAUGUGUAUGUGUGAACCACCAUAAUGCCACAGAGACGCUUACCUGCAAUAGUGAAAACAGAUGCGAGAGACAAAGUCCUCAUCAUAUCAUGUCACUUCAACCAGUAAGUUGAAUAUCACAAAAUAUUGACACUUGUUUAAGGCCAGGUAGUUCGACUUUGGAGGAAUAAAUAAAAGAUAGUUUUACAAUAGUCAGUCCCGGCUAUCAACUGAUUUAUGUUUGCUUUAGUUAGAAUUUCAAGCGACACUGCUAUCAACGAGAGUUAACCUACAAAACUAUCCACGAGAAUUUCAUUUUUCCGUGUCGGCUUGGUAUAAAGGAAAGAAAACGACAUUAUGACCGAAACAGUAACUACUGGAAACAAUCCCUAAAAAUAAAAUCUAUUGAUCUUCAAAGAAACCUUCCUCGUCAGGAUCUUAUAUAUGAGAUAUGUAUAGAGUACGGAGUGGGAAAACCUUUUUUAUCAUGUUUUGGCUCACUCGUGUGCGUUUGUUUUGUUUCAGUGCCCUGGAGUGUUCAAGCGUCUCUGUAAAGUAAAUUCAGAUUGCCCGUGUAGUGAACACCCGUUAAUAUGUGAAAAUCGCGAAUGUGUCAAAGCGCUACAAAGGUUUAAGAAGGCAUACUGACACUGUGGAAGACUGGGAAGGACAAUGACUGUCAGAGAGAUACACCUUCGGUUUUCCCAGCUCUAUAAAGAAUGGAAGGCUGAGUCACAAUUAAUUUAUUAUUUUACAAGUGAAUUUGCCCGCUGAAGGGAAUGCCUGUAGAAAGUGUACAGGCGUGAGGACUUUAAAAGCCAAGCCAUAUUCGAGAAGACUCAGUAAUCAUGCGGAUACCAAAGACGACGUCCCAGUCAGCUUGAACGAGAAGGGAACUGGGUCGGGUUAACUUUCGCAAAGACUUCUGGGACUGUCACUGGGGACACGGAAAAGUUGGCAAAUUGUUUUAGAGUUGAACUCUAAUGGAUUGUAUCAAAGUUCAGGAAAAGAAAAGGAGAGUUGUUGUCUUAUGUUCCCGUCCUCGACAGAACGUGAAAUUAGG